GCACUUGAGAAACGUACUUCCGCACACGUGGGGAACAGAGAUGGCAGCCUGUAGGUUAUGCGGCAUCGGAAAGAUUAGACUGCUUUUUCAUCCCCCAAGAAUGCAAAAUGUUAGUUUUAAACUGAGAAACGCUGUAGGUGUUGGGUCGACGAUAACAAAGUUACAUCUACGGUCAUGUAGUGCUUGGAAUAAACACAGCAAAGUUAAAAAAGUAGAUGUGGACUUGGGGGAAAGAAAACUUGAAAUCUCGACUGGCAGACUGGCCAGGUUUGCUGAUGGAGCUGCAGUUGUUCAGCUUGGCAGUACCUCCGUGAUGGUGACGGCCGUCAGCAAAUCCAAGCCCACCUCGUUACAGUUUAUGCCGCUAGUCGUGGACUACAGGCAGAAAGCAGCAGCCGCAGGAAGGAUCCCCACAAACUACCUGCGCAGAGAAAUGGGCACAUCCGAUUCUGAGAUCCUUACCAGCAGGCUGAUUGAUCGAUCCAUCCGGCCCCUAUUUCCUGCUGGAUAUUUUUAUGACACACAGGUUCUAUGCAACCUGUUAGCUGUGGAUGGGGUGAAUAACCCAGAUGUCCUCGCCAUUAAUGGAGCAUCAGCUGCUCUUGCAGUCUCUGACAUCCCCUGGAAUGGGCCCAUUGGUGCGGUGCGCAUGGGCCUAGUGGAUGGGGAGUUUGUGGUGAACCCCACCCGUAAGGAGAUGGCCUCCAGCUUGCUAAACCUGGUGGUGGCCAGUGCACCCCAUAGUCAAGUAGUGAUGAUGGAGGCGGCAGCAGAGAAUGUGCUACAGCAGGACUUCUGCCACGCCAUCAAACUGGGAGUGAAGCAUGCACAGCAGAUCAUACUGGCCAUCCAGCAGCUCGUACGUGAGCUGAAAGUCACCAAGCGCACGCCCUCCAAGAUAUUCACUCCUGUCCCAGACAUGGUGGAGACCACUCGACAGUUCGCCUCGGAUAGGAUCUAUGCAGUUUUCACAGAUUAUUCCCAUGACAAAAUUUCCAGGGAUGAAGCCAUUAACAAAGUACGUUUAGAAGCAGAGGAACAGCUGAAAGAAAAAUAUCCCAACGCAGAGCCUUAUGAUGUAAUCGAAGCUUUCAAUACGGUUUCUAAGGAGAUAUUUCGCAAUUUAGUCCUCAAUGAAUACAAAAGGUGUGAUGGGAGAGAGCUGACUGCUCUGAGGGACAUUACGUGUGAGGUGGACAUUUUCAAGCCCCUUCAUGGAUCAGCACUGUUUCAGCGAGGACAGACACAGGUUCUUUGUACUGUGACAUUUGACUCUCUAGAAUCAAGCAUCAAAACUGACCUGAUCACCAUGGCUUUAAAUGGAGUGAAAGAGAAAAAUUUCAUGCUACACUAUGAGUUCCCACCCUAUGCUACAAAUGAGAUUGGAAAGAUGGGCGGAAUGAACCGGAGGGAGCUUGGCCAUGGCGCCUUGGCAGAAAAGGCCCUGAAGCCAGUCAUCCCCAAAGAUUUUCCUUUCACCGUAAGGGUGACAUCAGAGGUGUUGGAGUCUAAUGGAUCCUCGUCUAUGGCCUCGGUGUGUGGGGGGAGCUUGGCUCUGAUGGAUGCAGGUGUGCCCAUUUCAGCGCCCGUUGCUGGGGUCGCUGUUGGCCUCAUCAGCAAGGCCAACCUCGAGAAGCCGACUGAAAUUCAGGACUACAGACUUCUGACUGAUAUUCUGGGAAUUGAAGAUUACAAUGGAGAUAUGGAUUUCAAAAUGGCUGGUACAAACAAGGGCAUUACUGCCUUACAGGCCGAUGUAAAAAUCCCUGGCUUGCCCCUGAAAAUCGUCAUGGAGGCUAUUCAGCAAGCCACAGUGGCUAAGAGGGAGAUAUUGACUAUCAUGCACAAGACCAUCGCUAAACCGAGAGCGAGCCACAAGGACAACGGGCCCGUAGUUGAGACGGUCCGUGUGCCCAUCUCCCGCCGGGCACGCUUUGUUGGCCCGGGAGGAUACAACCUGCGCAGACUUCAAGCAGAAACGGGUGUGACGAUUAGCCAGGUGGACGAGGAGACCUUCUCUGUCUUCGCCCCGACUCCCGGUGCCAUGAGUGAGGCCCAGGAGUUCAUCACGGAAAUCUGCAAGGAUGACCAAGAACAGCAGCUGGAAUUUGGUGCCAUUUAUACAGCAACCAUCACAGAAAUAAGGGACAUUGGGGUCAUGGUUAAGCUGUACCCAAACAUGACUGCUGUUUUGCUCCAUAACUCCCAGCUAGACCACAAGAGGAUUAAACAUCCUAGUGCUCUUGGCAUGGAGGUGGGACAGCAGAUUCAGGUUAAGUAUUUUGGACGCGACCCAACAGAUGGAAGGAUGCGACUGUCACGGAAAGUACUCCAGGCUCCUGCUGCAACGGUCGUCAGGAGUUUGAGUGAUAAACACAGCAUUUCCAUGGCAACAAGCAAUAGCCAUACCAUAGAUGACCCUUGAACCUUUGCUUGUUGUUCUGUCUGUGAAUAUCAUAUAUUCACUAUCCACGUGUUGUUUUUCCCUGUGUGGUUUAACAUCAACGAAAAGGUGAAAAGAACGUUUUUUUCUAUAGUUUAGAAACUUGUGUAGAGCUGGACAAAUGGAAGAACUGAUUUUUCAGAGUAACAAAAAAAACCACUUGACUGACUGUAGUAUAACACCUGUGUAAAAUAUUUUUAUUUUACUUUACAUAUUUUACUCCUUGAUUUGAAUGUUCUUUUUUUUGCAUUUUGAGAAUUAAAUGUUAUAAAUUGCUAUAAACGAUUUUUUUAAAUGAA